UUUAAAAUUGCACGUUGAUACAUCGUUCAGUCAAUGUAACAGUCAAUUUAAUUUUCUAAGAAAAAGUUGUUGUAUUCGGUGUUACGAACGGCUUCUUCUUGAUUAUUAAAACAAUGCGUAAACGUAUUAUUCGAGUUGAUGUUUGGACCUAAGUUAAAGUGGGCCCCCAUGACCAAAUAAUGAAUGGUUUAUAAGAACAUAUAAAAUUGUACAUAUUCGAUGUUUAAUAUUAAACAUCUAACAUCGCUCUGAAGUAUAUGAAGAAAUAACAGCAAUAAUGGGAAAUUAUUUGACCAAAUUUAUUUCCCUUGCUGACACAGAAAAAGAGGAAAUGGAUGUGCAGCCUUCCAUGGAUGAGGUAAACGUUAAAGAAGACGUUAUGUGUACGCCAACUAUGGAUCGCGUAACAUUGCCUACAGAUCCUAGAUCGAUAACAAUUGGUAUAAAUAGAACUCCGAUAGAGGUAUGCAAAACCUACCCUAAUACUCCUGUUGGAUUAAGCAAAAGGGCCAUUACAGCAAUUCCAAGAUAUUUACAGGCAAAACCAUAUUUAGAAACAGAUAUAGACCAAGUAAUACCAUGUUUAACACCACAAAAAAGGGAGCCAGAAAUAUCUGAAAGUGAAAUAUUCCAGUUUCCGGAUGCGCAAAAUAAAAGUGUAGAGAAUCCGGUAACGCCAGUAACCGGUAAUCUAGAAAUUAAAAUGUCGACGAUAGAAAGAGAACGUUACGAAAUCUUGGGAAUCGACCCUAGGUCUCCGGCUGCUAAUUUCGAUAGAACACCGAUAUUAGAGCCAAAAUCUCUACAGCGUUUAAGAGCGAGGUCUCAACUAUGUCUGCGUAGAGAUGGCAGUUACGAGACGGAUGUAUUAAACUCAAAUUUUUCGUAUUGCGAAACGUUGUCGCCGUUUCAUAUCCCUGAAAUACAAGCCUUGCCUGAUUUACUCGAAAAUAGAUUAAAACUGAAUUUUCUUAUUAACGAUUCUAACAACAAAUCGAACGAUGAAACACACUCUGAAAUUGGAGACAGCAAAGAGGAAAGCAAAGAGACAACUUCGGAACCAGAGACUAAAAAUAACGUGCAAAAUAAGGAAAUCCACGUUAACAAUAACGAUACAAUUAAAAUAUGGAGGGACUCGUCGAUAUCUGAUGAACCUGAGAAAUUGGAAGUAAAAAUUCCAACGGAUGAAAAGAAAAAUGGAAAUGAAAUCGCUAAGAUUCGAACUCCUCUUGGAAAUCGUUUCAACAUUGGACGAGUUCAAGCUUCGAUAAACUCCCCGCAGCAAACGUUCAAGAAUAAAAAUGUAGUACCGAAAAUGCAGGAGAACACACCACCGCACAAAAGAUGCGUCGUAAGAUCUAAAUUAAGUGGAAUACAAUGGGAUUCGGAUUCGACUAUUAUUAUUUAACUAUUUUUAGGGUAAUCGUUUGAUUAUAGGAAUAAUUAAAACGCGUAAUUCAUUUGCCUACCAUGUAUUUUAUAAGUAAGACAUUUCUCGAGAUUAUUGUAAAAAAAUAUAGGUUGUGUAAAUGUGAGAUUGCUGCAAUUUUUGUAUUUAUUUAAGAUAAAAUAAAUGUUUCUUAGUCAAAUAA